AAGAGUAUUUCUGCAUUCCUCUACACCUACCAUUUAACUUUAUUCUGAUUUUUUUUUCUUUUCUUUUUGCUAUUAGCUACUGUACCUCGAGUACUUGCUCAUGUUGAAAGUCAUGGCAGACUCUGAUUCAUCAGGAAUCACUGACAUGGUGAAGCAAAUAGCCGAGCAACAAAAUAUUCGGGCUUCUGCGAUAGAAAAGAGCAACAAAGUUCUCAGGCAACUGCAGGCUCAGCUUCAGGAACUUGAGAUACAGAGGAACUCUGUUCUAUCGAAUAGAAAGGAAAUUGAAAGACAAAUAUAUUUCUGGGAGAAAGACAUAGCAACAAGCAAAUCUCACUAUGAAGAUCUGGAGGCUCAAAUUGCAGCCUUGCAUGCUGAGAACGUAAAGCUGACCCAUGACAAUGAAGCUCUACAAGAAGAAUUUAAAAUGAUGGUCUUAAGAAACCGUGCUUACUAUGAGAAAAUGGCUGCUCACCGAAACCGAUUUGAGGAAGCAGAAACCACAUUGCCAUUCAUAGUGGAGCUCACGAAGAAAAGAGCCACGGUCCAGCAGAUGAUGAUUCAGAAGGAAGACCUACUGGCUUCUCUUGAGAAAGCAGAUGAUACUGUUGGCCAACUCCAGGAUGAAAUCUCAUGUUUGCAAAGUGAAAUAAAGGUAUUGGAAGAGGCUGUCAGCAAAAAGGAGAAUGCCAUUCAAGAUGAAAAAAGCAGGCAUGCUAAGCUUCAGAAAGAAAUUGAG